ACUGUCCCAGAAGGGAUCAAUUUCUCUUUCUGAGAAUCAUGAAUUUGGAAUUUGGCCUUCAGAAAUUUGACCUAGCAAAAGAUACAUGGGCAAGAACUAUUCUUUUCUCUCUCAGCGAGAAGAGCCAAAGGCUUGCCAAGGAGUCAGGGCCACCAAGCCAGGAGGCAAAAUAGCAAUGGUGUCCCUGGACCUGUCACGCCCCACUAAUGGAGGCCAGGGCAUCCAUGAGUCCAGCUCUUUGAAGCCACACCAUGAAGCUCUUACUUCACUGAGGCACAGCAUGGAAGAGAAGUCCUGACUUAGCGAGAAGCCUGAGUAAAGUCUUUUACGAGGUGAGGGACUCUUCUGAGGAAACAUAACAAACUGAGGGGAAGGGCUUUUGACAAUCCCAAAUGAGUAAGAAAAAAGGGCUGCCUUGCUUGUCCACACCCUCUGUGGAGGGGGUAUAAAUGCUCCCCAGAGGCAGGAGACCCACAAGCUCCUGGAACAACUUGGACUCUGUCUUCAGCUGAGACCCUCGCUCCCUCCAGCACCAUGUCUUACAACUGCUGUCUGCCCAACCUGAGCUGCCGCUCCAGCUUCUCCGCCCGGCCCUGCAUGCCCCCCAGCUGUCGCAGCUGCACCCUGCCCGGGGCCUGCAACAUCCCCGCCAACGUGGGCAGCUGCAGCUGGUUCUGCGAGGGCUCCUUCAACAGCAGCGAGAAGGAGACCAUGCAGUUCCUGAACGACCGCCUGGCCAGCUACCUGGAGAAGGUGCGCCAGCUGGAGCGGGACAACGCGGAGCUGGAGAGCCGCAUCCGGGAGCGGAGCCAGCAGCAGGAGCCGGAAGUGUGUGCCAACUACCAGUCCUACUUCCGCACCAUCGAGGCGCUCCAGCAGAAGAUCCUGUGCACCAAGUCUGAGAAUGCCAGGCUGGUGGUGCAGAUUGACAACGCCAAGCUGGCCGCAGACGACUUCAGGACCAAGUAUGAGACGGAGCUGGGCUUGCGGCAGCUGGUGGAGUCGGACAUCAAUGGCCUGCGCAGGAUCCUGGACGAGCUGACCCUGUGCAAGGCUGACCUGGAGGCCCAGGUAGAGUCCUUGAAGGAGGAGCUGCUCUGCCUCAAGCAGAACCACGAGCAGGAAGUCAACACGUUGCGUAGCCAGCUUGGAGACCGCCUCAACGUGGAGGUGGACGCGGCCCCCACUGUGGACCUGAACAGCGUGCUCAAUGCGACCAGGAGUCAGUAUGAGGCCCUGGUGGAGACCAACCGCAGGGACGUGGAGGAAUGGUUCACCACCCAGACCGAGGAGCUGAACAGGCAGGUGGUGUCCAGCUCGGAGCAGCUGCAGUCCUACCAGGCGGAGAUCAUCGAGCUGAGACGCACGGUCAACGCCCUGGAGGUGGAGCUGCAGGCCCAGCACAACCUGAGAGACUCUCUGGAGAACACGCUGACGGAGACGGAGGCCCGCUACAGCGCCCAGCUGUCCCAGGUGCAGGGCCUGAUCACCAGCGUGGAGUCCCAGCUGGCGGAGAUCAGGAGUGACCUUGAGCGUCAGAACCAGGAGUACCAGGUGCUGCUGGACGUCCGGGCCCGGCUGGAGAGUGAGAUCAACACGUACCGGGGUCUGCUGGAGAGCGAGGACUGCAAGCUCCCCUGCAACCCAUGUGCCACAACCAACGCAUGUGACAAGUCCAUUGGGUCCUGCAUCUCCAAUCCUUGUGCCCCACGCACUCGGUGUGGGCCUUGCAACACUUUUGUGUGCUAGAGGUCCCGGUGCCAGGAGGAGGAGAGGGGCUCCAAAAUCGCAUCUCAGCCCUACUGCAUCCAAACGUCUCCUACAGUGACCACACCUUGGACAAAGGAAGAAACUUUUACGAGCACCAGCUUCCAAGUGUCAACUCUAGCCUUCCACUGAACUCCCUGGCUUGACGCUUUAGCACAAGAGACUGCAAAGUCCACUUACUGACUCAGUCUGUCUUCUGAGUCACGUAGAGAAAUCUGCAACAGGAUCAUGCAAUAUCUAUUAUCACAAUGACACAUUUGCAUAACAUGUUAUACUUUAACAAAUACUUACCUAAAUGUGAUGGAAACAGAAUUAUAUUAAGUGCGAUAGUGCUGACGGGUAUGCUAUGAAGCAAAACAUAAUUGGAAAAAAUCUUCCUUGUCACUGUUUUGGUCUUUGGAGAUGCAGUAAAGAUCCCUUGUUAACCUCUUAAUAAACUCUUAUUCUGGCACAAACGU